CGCAGGUGCAUGUACCGCCUACGUUAGUAAGACAUACAUGAUUCCACAGAGUGAAAGGGAACAGUAAGAAUCUGUCUGAGCUUGCAGGGAUUGGUUCCCCACACCCGGUAGAUGAUGGUGCAGAGAUUCUCUCGAAAGAAGGAGGACUUUAAGUCUCAGAAUUCAUCCGUUCACAAUAGAACAAGGAUCUAAAAGGAGUGAUAUUGGGUAACUCAGACAAUCAGUGGACAGUUAGAAGAUUCUAUAUUGCUAAAGUGAUGCUCCAGAAUGGAUGAAUUACUUUGUGUUUCAUCAACACUUACAGUCUCUUAAGAUCCUUGAAUCUUGCAUGAAAACUUUAAAAAAUGCUUGGAUUUUUAUGGGCACGGCAGACAGGCCUGGAUAGUCCUGUCCAGCUCAGGCGUGCUGAAGCAACAAGGAGGGUGCUCAGUUUGGAGUUAAACAAGGAUAGAGAUGUUGAAAGAAUGCAUGAGAAUGGUAUCAACUCACUUGACAUUGAACCAGUUGAGAGCAGAUACAUGCUAUCUGGAGGAGCCGAUGGGAUAAUUGUUCUUUAUGAUCUUGCCAAUCUUCAUAAAUCCCAGUCUUACACUUGUAAAGCAUUGUGUAAGGUGGGCAAAAGCCACCCUGAUAUGCACAAAUUUAGUGUGGAAACAGUUCAAUGGUAUCCUCAUGAUACUGGCAUCUUUACAUCAAGCUCAUUUGAUAAAACACUAAAGAUAUGGGACACCAAUUCCUUAAAGCUAGCUGAAGUUUUUCAUUUUGAUGGGACAGUUUACAGCCACCACAUGUCUCCUUUGGCAACAAAGCACAGUUUGAUUGCAGUUGGCACUAAAAACCCCAAGGUGCAACUAUGUGACUUGAAAUCUGGUUCCAGCUCCCAUAUUUUGCAAGGUCAUAGAGGGGAAGUGCUCGCAGUUUGCUGGUCCCCACGUUACGAUUAUAUAUUAGCAACUGCGAGUGCUGACAGCAAAGUAAAAUUAUGGGAUGUCCGCAAAGCAUCUGGAUGUCUUAUAACACUGGACCAGCAUAAUGGUGAGAAGUCCAAGGCUUCUUCAGAAGCUGUAAACACAGCUCAUAAUGGCAGGGUUAAUGGAUUAUGCUUUACUAGUAAUGGCCUCCAUCUUUUGACAGUAGGAACUGAUGAUAGGAUGAGGCUCUGGGACAGUUCUUCUGGAGAAAAUACCCUAGUGAACUAUGGCAAAGUUUGUAACACCAGCAGGAAAGGUCUAAAAUUUACAGUGUCUGCAGGCUGUAAUCCAGAGUUUGUAUUUGUUCCAUAUGAUUGCACUAUUGCUGUAUACACUAUCUAUUCUGGUCAAAAGAUAAGCAUAUUGAGGGGACAUUAUAAUAGCGUGGACUGCUGUGUAUUUCAGCCUCACUUUCAAGAGCUAUACAGUGGCAGCAAAGAUUGCAAUGUUCUUGCUUGGAUUCCUUCACUUCGUGAACCAGUUCUUGAUGAGGACCCAAAAAAAUCAGGACAUCAGGCACAUAUUAAUCCUGCGUUUAAGGAUGCAUGGAGCAGCAGUGAAGAUGAAGGCUAAAUUAAACUAUACAUUCACGUUGAGUGUAAUGAGCAAUAACCUGGCUAACUUUUCCCUUUUAUAAGACACACACAAGUACAGUGUUAAGAAUGAAAGACACUGUACUAUAGUUUCAAAUGCCCUAUAAGUUUAAUAAGCCAAUGUUUAACUUACACCUUGUAUAUAUGUUCUAUUUAUUUUAAUAAAGAAUAUUUUUUUCUUAU